AUGUCUACAACACGAGCUGCCACCACUGCCGGUUUGUUUCGACAACGACCACAAGCGCCAAUGGCACCAAUGGCACCAAUGCAACCAUUGCAAACAGGUGGAAAAGAUCCACGUGAUGCAUGGUAUCGUCCAUGGGGUAGAUAUGGACGUUGGGGUCCCACAUGGGGAUGGCCUGCUUAUCCAUAUCCUGCGUGGGGAUGGGGAGCAUGGGGUUUAUCCCUUCUGGUGGUAAACAAACACUUUGAUGCAACCAACCAAACUCCCUGA